UUCCGGGUGUCUUCAAUGAAGAAAUCCUUUAGCUUUUGAAGCCUUAUUUGUUUUCCAAGGAAAGCUACGGCCUACGUAGCCAUAAAACAUUUAGGAAAUGAACAGAAUAUUCGGACGCGGAAAGCCGAAAGCGCCUCCUCCGAAUCUGUCGGACUGUAUCGGGAAUGUGGAUGCGAGGGCAGAGUCCAUAGAAAAGAAGAUUAGCAGACUAGACGCUGAACUUAUGAAGUACAAGGACCAGAUGAAAAAGAUGAGAGAUGGGCCCUCGAAGAACAUGGUGAAACAGAAGGCAAUGAGAGUUCUGAAGCAGAAGAGAAUGUAUGAAGGUCAAAGAGAGCAGCUGGCUCAGCAGUCUUUUAACAUGGAGCAGGCUAACUACACAAUCCAGACGUUAAAGGACACCAAAACAACAGUGGAGGCCAUGAAGAUUGGUGCAAAGGAAAUGAAAAAGGCUUACAAGGACGUUAAACUCGAUCAGAUUGAUGAUUUACAGGAUCAGCUGGAGGACAUGAUGGAAGACGCCAACGAGGUACAGGAGGCCCUGAGCCGCAGCUACGGCACUCCAGACAUAGACGAGGAUGAUCUUGAAGCAGAGCUGGACGCACUGGGUGACGAGCUGCUGCUGGAUGAUGACAGCUCCUAUCUGGAUGAGGCCUCAGCUGCCCCGUCGAUCCCUGAGGGAAUCCCCAGCGACAGCAAGACGAACAAGGACGGUGUUUUGGUGGAUGAGUUUGGCCUGCCGCAGAUUCCUGCCACAUAAACAUGGGAUGGAUUAAAAGCUCUGCACUUCAACUGAAAACACUUUUAUAUGUAGAGUAACGUUUAUACAUGUAAAACCAUUUGACCUGAGGACACUACAGUUUCGAAGCUGUGUUGGGUUGUGUGUUGUUACCACUACCGUGCUAGCAUGUGGCCUUGGAACAUACUGAACCUUUUUUAAAAGAAACAUUGUUCCCCUUCCCUCCCUUUCGUCCUCCUGUCAGUCUUCGUUCAACACCAGUGUUACCGAGUUAUUAUUUAUUUUUAUCUGUUUUGUUCUCAUUCUAGUCUUGUGUGCUGUCUGGUCAUUACCAUUUUGUUUGAGUUCUCAGAAGUGGAGAUUAUUUCCCACUGAAUCCAUUCGAAUUUCUGCAGGUUAUUUGAAA